UGUGACGUCCCCUCGUCCCAAUCUUCCGUGUCACGCCAACAUACGGCUGCCGGCCCGUCUGCUGCUGGCGGACGCGCCACACUCGCUGGAGGAAGACGCUUGGCCGCCCAAUGCCAUCAUGGCCGCCCUGACCAAUGGAGAUACCAAAUGAAAAAGACGUACUUAACUAUGAAUUAUGGCAUAAGAGUCAACUGUCAUCAGUAGGAGAUAAAAAUCAUGAUGUGAGAUUAAAAAAGUUUAAUGUUUGACAUAAAAAGAUGAAACUACGAGAUAGAAAGUGGAGUCUUAGUCACAUGGCAGGAAAUACUGCAAACGUUUGACAGGACCAAGCCCCUGUGAAAAUAUGCCACCUUGACAGAGUGAAAGAUGACGUAUUCAAGGAAAUAUUGCAUCUUUAUUAUAUUAUUAUGAUUAGGAUAUUAUCAUCAUCACAGUAUAAUUAAAUUCGAACCUUAAGUGCUGAUGAAGACGCUAAAAUGCUUAAAAAUAGACGCGUGGGUUCGUGGACUACAUUACCCAUGCGGCUUAGCGCCGAGAGGAACCCGGAAGUGUGUUUACGCUGAUGAAGGUGGGGAGUGAGGGAUACGUCAAUAAAAGUGUGACUGCAGCUGUAACGCUGUUAAUUUGAAAUGUAUACUUUUAUUUUGAACUAUAGCAAACUUCAUCACUUCCUUAAGUUAAAGACAGUUACGGCCGUUAGGUGGCACUCGUGCAUUUUGAGAAAGGUAUAAGAAGGACAACUGCUCAAGAGAUGUAAAUGUCACAAUAAAAGGACUCUAGACACUGUUAAGAGCAGAGUUUUGUAGAGUCGUGACUCCGCCAUUGAUUGAGAAGCAGGCUAAAGUGAUCUACGGGGUUCCACGACGAAAGGAAAUCAACAUUUGUAAAAGGAACUGGAGUCUAUGGAUCAAUCGAGUGGCGGCACAGUAGAACACUUCUGCAUCGACGAAGACUCGAGUGGAAGACGGCAAGUUACAAGCCACAACGGGAGCUAGAAGAGCUACAUUGAGGUGUUGUGUGACCUCAACGGACAAGCUACAAGGUUACACAAGCAAGCACACAGAAGACAGGUGUCUUGGAAGUAACGCAAGUAUUUGCUAGCUGUCAUUAAGUUUAUCACUAAGACAUUUAAUUUGUGCUCUUUCUUUAAUCAGCAGUGGACAUUUUCUCUGCAGUUAGUCACUGAGAAACAAAGUGCUUUAAUUUCAGAGUAUCUUAAGUAUUGCUCUUCCAAGUGAGUGAUUCAUAUUAUUGCUCAUUCAAGUAUUUUAUAAUAAUGUGUUAUAUGUACAUUAUGCAAAGGUCAAGUUAGGAGACAAGGAGAUUUACAUUAGCAUAGAUUAGAGAAGUGAAUUCAUUUUAUGAAUACUUCAUCACAUCAUACACUGACACAUUCAACAUGCCGGACAAAAAAGAAAAGACCUUUCUGCCAAAUGAAGAGGACACACAUGCAGACAAAGUGAUACAAAGCAGAUGAUCCUAUCACAGUUCGUGGAUGUGGGUGAGCUCAGUGAAGACACACAACCUCAGGUUGGUAUGGAUGACGCACAAAUCCCUCCUGAAAUUAAGAAAAUUGGACGCACGCGAAAGCUCACUGAAUAAGGAUGUGCUCUGCUAGAUGAUAAAGUGACCAAUCUGAACACACAAUUUGUGAAGCUGUAUACAAGAUGGAAAUAUCACAUCAAUGGAUUGAAAAGGUCAAUUAAGAGCAAUGAUGCUGAGGACCUGAUUGAAUCUAGCAAAUAAAAUAAUCUGGCUGACUAUGCUUCUCGUGGACUCUCCACUAAGGAGCUUGCAGAGUCUAACUGCUUCUCUGGACCUAGCUUCUUGUGGAAAAAUGAACUUCCUAAAGAGGAAGAAAUUAAGGUGGGAGAACUCAAAGACGACGAUCCAGAGAUCAAAAGAGCACUGGUUCAUAUAACAAAGACAAAAGAAGAAAGGUCUCUUGCGGACAGACUUGAUAGAUUUUCAGAUUGAAAGAGUGCCGUGAGGGCCAUAGCAAGACUUAAACAUUUGGCAAAGGAAGUGAAAGGACUUAAAGCGAGUGGCAGUGAAACGACACUUGAAGAAAGAACGAGUGCUGAACAAUUCCUCAUCCAUAUAGUUCAACAAGAUGCAUUCAGGGAUGAAAUCAGGUCUCUAGUCCAAAAGAAAGGAUUACAAAAGGUCAAAGGGUCAACUCAGCUAUACAGGUUAGACCCAUUCAUUGACAGCAAAGAUAUCCUGAGGGUGGGGGGAAGAUUAACAAAAGCAACACUCCAUGCCCACGUCAAACAUCCAGCCAUCCUCCCAAAAGGACAUCAUGUAUCUCGAUUGCUGAUAAAGCACUACCAUGAGAAGGUCAAACAUCAGGGUCGUGGAAUGACUAUCAAUGAACUGCGCUUCAAUGGAAUUUGGAUCCUCGGUUGUAGUAGUGAAGUGUCAAAGUUCAUUUUCAAAUGCGUCAAAUGCAGGAAAUACAGAAAGUGUCAUCAAGAACAAAGGAUGGCUGACCUUCCAAUGGAGAGGAUGGAAGUUACCCCUCCAUUUACAUACAGUGGCAUGGAUUGCUUUGGACCAUUCCACAUUAAGGAGGGAAGACCUGAAGCGAUACGGUCUCCUAUUCACCUGCUUGUGUUUCACAUUGAAGUAUUGGACGACCUUUCUACUGAUGCUUUCCUGAAUGCAUUGCGAUGCUUUAUUGCUAUAAGGGGCAAUGUAAGUCAACUACAAAGCGACCAAGGCAGGAACUUUGUGGGAGCACGCAAUGAAUUUCAAGAACUAAUGAAAGGAAUGCAGAAUGAGCAUUUAAAAAGGCUAGGAUGCAAUUUUGUCAUGAACCCGCCUGCAUCAAGUCACAUGGCCGGUGUCUGGGAGAGACAAAUACGAACCGUGAGGAGCAUCCUCACAUCCAUCUUAGACCAGGCAAGUGGACGACUGGCCUGCUCUUCAUUAAGAACCUUUUUGUACUAAGUGAUGGCUAUAGUGAAUCGUCGACCACGGACCAUCUCAAUGAUCCUUUGGGACCAGAACCACUGACGCCAAAUCAUAUAUUGAUUAUGAAAUCAUCAUUCAUCGCGCCACCACCUGGAAAGUUUGUAAGGGAAGACCUCUUAUCUUCAGAAAAGGUGGAAUCGAGUUCAGUUUCUGUCCAAUGUACUUUGGACCAGGUGGAGGAAGGAGUAUUUAUUGAAUUUGCAACAAAGACUCAAAUGGAACAAGGCCAGGAGAAAUGCCAAAGUGAAUGACAUUGUCCUGUUACAAGAUAAUGACACACCAAGAAAUCAGUGGAAGCUGGCAAAGGUAGUUGAAGUUUUCCAAGGACCCGAGGAAGGGUCAGAAAAUUCAAACUGCUACUUCAUGACACAACAUUGGACAGUAAAGGCACUCGCACAUGUAAGCCAGUUUAUUUAGAAAGGUCUAUACACAAGACAGUACUAUUGCUUGAGGUUGAGUAAUUAGUUUAGAUUUCAAUUAGUGUGUUCAAUGUUUGAAGUCAUACCUGUAUGUUAUUGAUGUGUUGCAAGGCUCAUUAAAGGGCCAAUUUUCAUUGUAAAUCACACGUUGUGUGAUGGUGGGAGUGUGACUGCAGCUGACACGCUUUUAUUUUGAAAUGUAUACCUUUAUUUUGAAUUAUAGCAAACAAACUUCAUCACUUCCUUAAGGACAGUUACAGCCGCGCUCGUGCAUUUUGAGAAAGGUAUGAGUAGGACAACUGCUUAAGAAGUGUAAAUGUAAGGACUGUUGUAGAAGAAAUUCUCCUCAACCUAAUUGAGGCCUCCAAGACCACUUGUUUAAGUAAAUUUCAUCUACCCAAGCGUAUUCGUUAAUCUCCACUUAUGAGAAGGAAUAAAACUCACACACUAGUACAAGUUAACACUAUGUAUUGUAUAACAAGAUCAGACAGAAUAAUUUCACAAAAACACAGGAUCCUGGGCUGAGUUUCUCUUCCAAAGUCCGCCUGCAACCUCCCGACGAUAAGAAGGAAAGUCAGCCCCGGUUCUUGCAUCCCAGGGCUUUUUGUAGAUCUCCUCAGAUGGGGUGGAGUUGGGGGGAUGUGUGGGGAAUGGACCAGGAUCCGUUCCUGGACCAGAUACUUCCUCCUUCACCCCGUUAUCUUUAUUGCCUCCUGGGUAAAUGAUCGUAAAUACCUAAGACCCUCCUGGCCUUUUGGUUCUCCCCCAAUGACCUCUGCAAAGACAACAAGAACCACAACACAGGAUAUUGUGCCCUGACAUCUGUUAACUGACCCUUUACUGGUACAGGUCACAGCUUGACCUGAUACUAAUCUACCCUAGCUCAAAGACAAUUAUUUAAAAAACUAAAUUUGGCUACAAUUCCCCCUUUGGACCACAGCUUUUACUGUGGUCCACAUCCCACAGGCAUAACAAAGAUACAGAAGGAUAUUUCAAAGAAUAGAUGUUGUUUUCUCCAAAGUGUUUGGAACCACAAACUUCUGUUUCCUUCUGCCAGAAGAAAUGUGACGUUCUUACUGUCAGCCAGUAUGGGCCUAUCCAUCUGGUCUACGUCCACACUCUUUUUUUCCAAACCAAAGUACACCCAUGGUGAGAACACCCCUCGUUCUCAGGACCCCCUUUUGCAGUAUCAACAACUUGUACAGAAAAUUUUACUCACCAACAUUUGUGACGCAACAAGUGUCAUACAUCAUUUUCUCCAUGACAUGCAUGGGUCCUGUGACAGCAGUAGGUCCAAGAAACUGCUGACAUCCAGUGAGUUCAAAUGGUGUGAACCUCAUCUGGAUCGUUACGGCACAUCCAACAGCUAUAAGAGCUAAUGGAAGUGCUUCAACCCAUUUUUGUAUCCUGCAUAUUUUUGCUAUUUUAUUUUUGAAUUUUUGAUUCAUUCCUUCAACUUUACCUCAGCUUUAUCUAUCAUCUACGGAUGACACCUGUGUGUCCUUGUGUGUAUCAUUUAUUGUUUACCUAAUUGUCCAAGUCCACGUGCCUUGUCCAGAGCAGCUGAGCAGAGGGGACAGUGCACCCAUCACUAGAAACCCAAACUCAUCCUUGUUUACUUGUUUACUAAGCUCUCUGAUAGCCAAAAAAAUGUUUCUCUCGUGCUGCUUACAACACUAUCUAAUCUAAUUAUGCCAACUCUGAUAACAUAUGUUCAAUCUCUAAAACAACUACAACUCUAACACAACUGCACUUUUGAAUUGUAGCAAACUACUGCCUGCAUUUCCAAGGGAGAUAUGAUCACCCCCUUUAGCAUGUCCUUUAUACCUACAACCGGGCAUUUUACAGCCUCGAAUGUCCUUAUCUUGUUUUCUUGUUACGAUUUUCUAUCCUACUUUCUCCACUGUACCAACUCUUAACGUAUCACACGCCACCCAUACAACAUUACCUCAUACCUUCUGAGAGCUCCAGCACUCUUAUAACUCCCCUUAGUUCAACUAAAAGGUCUAUUUGUCACUUGCUUUGCCUUCAUCACUUUUAUGUUCCCAUCAUCUUCACUUGCUUUACCACCGCAUAAGCCACUUUCAACAACCCAUCUGUCCAUAGAUCUGCUCUUGCCUUUGUUUCUUCCAUCACUUUCUCUGUACCCAGAUGUGGGACCCCCUCCUGUAUCAUCACAGCCAUAUUAUAGAUGUACUGAAAGUGUAAUGUAAACCGCGAAACUAUAUGUUGUGAGUUCCAUCAACCAAUGGGACAUGACGUGUGCCGUAUUUUCCAAAAAAAAAAUUCAAGUCCUACUACAUACCAGGUGGAUGUAACAACUCUGUGGACUCGAGCUGGAUGCUAACAUAGAUAAAAAUCGUUCACUUACCCACAUCCCCUUCCUGAAAAGAACACCUUUUACUGAGUGUUGUUUUCACUAUAGGAUGUAAGUUAACCACCGAAGAAAAAACUUGUUUGAGAGCGAUGAACUACUCCUGCCACUUGGGCGUUGACACCAGUGCAGCAGAAAACUUGCAAAUGGCCUGAGCGUCGACCAAAGCUCGAAGAGUGGUCAGCUCACCAUUAUUUGCAACAAAUAAGCAGCUGACCAAUGCUGCAUACGCCAAAUGGGAGCCAUGAUCCCUUGUGACUGCAUGAUGUUCCAUGACAGUAAAAUUAACAGCUGAUGCAGAGAGUGAGGGAGAGAAGAAAACUCACUAGAUUAUUAUGGAAGCAAAAAUGCUUGAUUCCUAAAAUCACAUUGGAUUGAGGAGAACCUAUCAAACACACAUCGUCCUCAUUCCUGUCAUAAUUCAAAAUACAAUGUCACGAAUCAAUGAGAGGUGUAAACAAGUGCAGGCUCCUACGCCAUGGGGACCACUUAGGGAAGAGAAGACUUCCAGGCUCGUCCGGCAUCCCCGGGGUCAAGGCUGCCCAAUAGAUCUGCACACUGAUCACUUUAUGGAGUACUGUCCAAUGCCACCAUGACCUUUGAACCCAGUUGCCCAUGCAUGACAGUUCAGCUGUAGUCCAUUGGGAAACGUGACCUGUAGCCAUCUUGGUCCACGUAAGAUGCUUGCCCCUUGACAGUUGGUGGUAUGGUCAGCAGAAGUGCCGAGGGAACCUCAGAGAAGCCCACAAAUGGGACUUUUCCUGUGCUGAGCUUGAGAGAUGGAGGAAGGCUGCUGAUGGUGGAGUACUUUGCACCAGUGUCAAGCAUCAUUGAUAGCACAGUAUUAUCUCCAGUCACAGGAAUGCAUGGAUCUGCCAAACCAUGCAUGCCGGGGCUCCUUGCCCCCCUUUUUGGUGUGAGGGGUAUUGACCUCCCCCUCAGGCAAGGGCUUGGUUGAAUGGUUCAUGAUUGAAGCAUGUCCCCUUGAGGACCUUGAAUAGUCCAUUGCUGCUGAUAAGACUGCUAUCCUUGUUGAAAAGCAUGUCGUGGGCAGGUCAUGGCAUCCACAUGGAGGGAACAAGGUGGUAUCACUGGGCAUUCUCUCACCCAGUGAGCCAUGGAGCCACAGAAAUAACAACUCUCUCAACCAAGUCCCACUGCACCCCCACCUCUCUUACCUCUACCACGACCACGCAGAGCCAGAAACUUGUGCAAAUCCCUGUGGGGCUUGAAUCCUGUCGACAGGUCCCCAUAUGGGAAGUUCUGGUGGUAGAGGAGCCCAAUCAGACUUUUGGUAUGAUGCCUGUUGUUUAGACACCAUUUGUUUUUCAGCCUUGGUGGCCCUUGAAUUGUCCCGCUUCGCUCCCUGCACCUGCAAUUGCAACAAUUCGGAUUUUAAUAAAGAUUCAUUUUUCUCUUUUUCCGUUUGCUUUUCAGUAUGUCUAAGCAAAUGAUGCAAAAAAUGUUUUUUCCACUCGUUGUGUGUUGCAUCAAACAUAUUGGGGUCAUCUUUCAUUGCCACUGCUACGGGGUCUGGUGCUCCCGCCAACACUGCUUGUCGAAAAAGGUUACGCAUCAUGUCUGUUGUGUUUGGAUCAGCUCCAGUCAUUUCAACCCACUCUCGAAGACACCUGACAAGAUAAGUCAUACCAGUUUCACCAGGAAUCAUAGCAAAAGUACAUUGAGCCAGGAGAGAAGUGGCGGGAGGAUAGAUAAGUCGCAAUACUUGGCCCAAAUUGCCCAUUAUACCACCUGUGACAGGUUGACUGUCUGCCAUGUCAUCGAUACCAGCCUGUUGUUGCACAUCCCUCAACUCACUGAGGGUCAAUUUUACCCCCAGGAUGGCUCGAAGGUCGCCAAUUGCGGUUGUAAAACCAUGUGUUGCCUCUGUAAGGCGCUGCAUAAAAAGUGCACCCCCGGAAGAUGGCGAGGGUAGUUUUUCAGCAAUACAUGUACGAUCUGUGAUAGAAAAAGGCACAUAAACAGGGUGAGGGCUGUAUGAUGAUGCAAGAAGGGGUGCCUGUACAUUCAUCUCUGAUACUUCUGACACACACGGCAACAUUUUAGCUGUCCUACUUGCAUGACGCUGAGUCAUCCACUUUAUUGUCUUCUUACUGGCUGUCUGUAUACUUCCUGUACUCCAAUCCACUUUUGACUCCCCAUCUGAACCACCUUCCUCUUCAUCCUCCUCUUCUCCAACCUUCUCCUGACCGCCCCACAACUUAUCUUUAACCUUCCUUAUCUCCUCAUGUUGAUACUGUGUUAGCAAUUUCAACCGUUCAAUUUCCUUCAUUAAUUGUUCCUCCCUUAUUGUUAAUGACCCCCUGUAGAGGCACUUUUCCUUGGCCUCUGCCAGUUCUGGAUGUUUGGCCUGUUCCUUUAGGUCAGUUAACAUAUCACGUGCUUCCUUGUAGAAAUCCUGUGUCUGCUUGGCAUGUCUUAAACUCCUAUCUGACCACUCGUUAAUGCAGUCGCUAUCACUUUUAGUGAGGGGUCUGUCCACCUCUUUCACGCUGCCCGGACCUGUGAGGAAAGACACACUGGACAUUCUGUUAUUUUCACCCCUUCCCGUCGUUUCCCCAUCAUUUUCAUACAUUACCUGUCCGCGUAUGAUGGUCGCUAUUGGAGCUUUCACAUGUACUGUGCUGUCUUCAGUCGAGUAUGGUGGUGAGUUCUGAUCACACUCAGAAGGUGAUGUCUUUUUAUUGACUGUUCUCGACAUAUUUGCAGCACUCCCUAUGGUGUAUAACAUUACUUGCAACUCUUCUAAUUUAGCCAUUCUCUUUUUUAAGGCCCCUUUUUUAACUAACCCAACUGAUUCAUGUUGCUUUUCCAGAUCCUCUAUUUUGUUCAUCAGGCCUUCUCUCGCUUGUAUCACUGAUUGAUACAGGUUUCUCAUAUCAUAAUCUCUGGGCAGUAUACCACUUUCUUGUAGUUGUUUAAUCUUCUUCCUUGCCCAGGCUUCCUUUUUCUCCUUAUCUGACUCCAAACCGCUAAAGGUGGCCUUAUGGUAAGGCCACAUUUCUUCCAACUGAGAUCUCCACACCUUUGUGUGUGCAUUUACUUUAUCCAUGUUAACCUUAAUAAGUUCAUUCUUAUACAUAAACUCCGUCAUCUUUCCCCUACUUACCUUCCAAGUUUUGCAAUUUUUUUGUUAUUUUCUAUACACAUACACACACGACGUCUUACACUCAUGCUUCAGUGGGCUUUCACCACAGGUUCAAAACCUUCCCUUGGUACUUUAGAAGAAUUACUAAAUUCUUCUGGGCCUCCAACCCAUCUAGGAUUUAUUUUAUACCACAGGUCCGAAACCUCCUUUGGUGUUUUUAGAGGAAUUGUUCAAAUUCCUCAGGGACGCUAACCCAAUUUAUUUUAUACCACAGGUCCGAAACCUCCUUUGGUCUGUUUAGAAGAAUUGAUCAGGUUCUUCAGGGCCAUUAACCCGAUUUAUUUUAUACCACAGGUCCGAAACCUCCUUUGGUUUUUUUUAGAAGAAUUUUUGAAAUUCUCCUGGGAAAGUACCCCAAUUUGUCAAGUUAUUCUGUCUCGUCUUAAUAAUUGGUAACUAUGGAUUCAGAAAAGUCCAGGAAUAUCUUCAUGAAGUAACAGCCAAUAUGAAGAGUUUGAAUAAACAGGUCUCUUCUUACCUUUUAUAUGGGCCGGCCCUGAUAUUCCAAACACUUUCCGUCCACCCAAAAAAGUUUUUUUUCCUUCUCUGGAGAUCACGUCGGGGUCACCAAAACUGUUGUAGAAGAAAUUCUCCUCAACCUAAUUGAGGCCUCCAAGACCACUUGUUUAAGUAAAUUUCAUCUACCCAAGCGUAUUCGUUAAUCUCCACUUAUGAGAAGGAAUAAAACUCACACACUAGUACAAGUUAACACUAUGUAUUGUAUAACAAGAUCAGACAGAAUAAUUUCACAAAAACACAGGAUCCUGGGCUGAGUUUCUCUUCCAAAGUCCGCCUGCAACCUCCCGACGAUAAGAAGGAAAGUCAGCCCCGGUUCUUGCAUCCCAGGGCUUUUUGUAGAUCUCCUCAGAUGGGGUGGAGUUGGGGGGAUGUGUGGGGAAUGGACCAGGAUCCGUUCCUGGACCAGAUACUUCCUCCUUCACCCCGUUAUCUUUAUUGCCUCCUGGGUAAAUGAUCGUAAAUACCUAAGACCCUCCUGGCCUUUUGGUUCUCCCCCAAUGACCUCUGCAAAGACAACAAGAACCACAACACAGGAUAUUGUGCCCUGACAUCUGUUAACUGACCCUUUACUGGUACAGGUCACUAAUCUACCCUAGCUCAAAGACAAUUAUUUAAAAAACUAAAUUUGGCUGCAGGACUCAGACCACUCUAGACCAGGGGUGCUCAUUAAGUCGAUCGCGAUCUACCGGUCGAUCGCGGAGGUGGUACUGGUCGAUCGCGGCGUGACAUUAAAAAAAUAUCAUCCUAGCAUCAAUGCCGUCACUUGAUUGAUAUACAGGGCAGCCAUUCAGAUGACAACUGAAUGUUGCCCUUCGGGUGACCAAUCAAAUCAAACAACGUCUCUAAGUGCAGCAGAACUUACGAUGUCAGCCUAUCAUCCAUCCCCGUUACUUGAUUGACAUACAGGACAACUAGUCAGAUGACAACUGAAUUUUGACCUUUAGGUCACCGCUCAUGCGUAAACAACGAUGCAAAGUGCUAAGCUAGUCGGCGAAUUGCGUCAGAUUUUAAGCCCUCGCUAAAGUUUAUGGUCACUAAAAUGAGUGAAGUAGCUGGACCAAGUAAAAAGGCAAAAACAUAUCACUUCCAUACAGAAUGGGAGGUGGACUUUUUUUUUCACAAUGUCUUUUUCGAAGUGCGUUUGCCUGGCUAACCUGGCUAUCAGCAGCUACUGUCCGGACUAUGCAUCCCUGGCUGGUUCAAUUCAGUGCAAGUCAUCAAAGUAAACUCAGGUAAUUACAAAAAAAUGUUAAUAGUUAAUUAUGUGUGUUUUGCAAUAUUGGCUCAUUUGGUUAUGUAAGGUACAUCAACAUACAUUGUACGUACAAAUAAUCCUCAAUACAUUUGAAAAUAAAUAGAUGUUUUGCAUUUUUGUAGUGCGUAGAUCAUUUUGACUCGGUCAUUUUAAAAGUAGCUCGCAUGCUGAAAAAGUGUGAGCACCCCUGCUGUAGAGGGAACUUUACCUCUUAUUGCUGAUGGACUUGACUUGCUUUGGCUGCUUCCACAGGAGGAUGGGAGACUUGUAUUUGAUGUGAUGGAAAAAUGGUUCACUUAAAGGGUUAAGUGCAACUGGUGGAUGGAAAGAUUCUGAAUAAACUUGAAGUCUUGCUUGUGCUGCAACAUGCCUUUUACGUUCUUCUAGUCCAGGGGUCGGCAACCUUUCACACCAAAAGAGCCAUUUGAACCCAGUUUCCACCUAAAAAAAACACUGAGAGCCGCAAAUACAUUUUGACAUCUAAAAUGGGGAAAAAACACAUUUAUUAGAAAGUAAAAAAUAAACUAAAACUUAUUAGUGCUUUGACUACCCUUUUGAAGAUGGGCUAUAAAGUGUUGCUUAAGAAAUCCACAAAGUGCUACAGAGAAAAUAAAAUUUAUUUUUUAAUGAACACAUUUUGAACAUUCUGAACAUUCUUGAACAUUCACAUUUUGAGUUCUUGAAAAAUAAUAACAAUGUCUAAAUGUCUCUUUCAAAUAAAUUAAAAGGCUGAACUUAAAUAAUCCAUGUAGCAAACAAAAGCAAAAACAUGCUACAAUGUCCUCAUAAGCUUCUUGGAUUUCGAGCAUAUUUUAAAUUCAAACACCAUCUGUUUAUCUUUUAAUAACUGCAUAAUAUUUGUACAGACAUUCGGUCACUUCACAUUCUUUUGCUUUUUUUGCACUUUUUGUAGUUUGCACUUUUUGCUGGUUCCUUAAAAAAAAAAAGUUAUAUUAAACAUUGCUCAUUCGAACAGAGUCCAGAUUGUAGAUUCCUACACCAAUGUUACAGCAAACUUGAAAAACUUUUUUUUACUGUUCAGCAGAAAGAAAGAAAGAAAAAAUCUAAUUGUUCAAUAAAUCAAUGAACUUGAUCAAAUCACUUAAAUGAUUAAAUAAAAGUUGGAAAUCAAGAUGACGAUCACUCCAAGCUUUUACAGCCUCUCUGAGCCAGAAAGCCUGAGCCACUGCCACAUUGGCAUGUAGCGGCAUUGACCUGAAUUAAAAAAAAUAAAUUGGGAAAAAAAGCACUGUGUCACUAAACAAUGAAAAAUAAAUAUUUGUAAAAUAUCUGCAUAAAUAUUUAUUUUACCUUGUUAAUGGGACUUCUGCUCCUGAACCUCUGCGCUCAGCGUCUGCAAAUCCGGGCUGUACGAAGUCACUUUCAUUUUUACGCAGUACUGUAAGCUGUCAUCUGCGAGGCGUGUACGGUGUUUGUUUUUAAUGUAGUUCAUGGUGGAGAAUAGCUGCUCACAUGCAUAUGUGGAUCCGAAGAUCGACAGGACUCCAAAGGCAUAUUUCUUCAUGUUCAUGUAGGUGUCGGGGAUGGCAUUCCAGGUUUCAAACAUAAGUUUGUCCGGUCUUGGAAGGUUCUUAAUAUCACUCCAUUUGUGAUUCUGAGCAAGAGUGGCCUUCUGACGGGCAACAUCUUCAAGAUCGCCUGUCAAGCGUUUGAAUUUGGAUACCCACAUGUCUUUGUCAGCUAUGUCAGCCAACUCCAGCUCCAGAUCAGGUUGACUCACACCUGGAAAUGCAGUCACAUUUAGCAGGGAUGGAUCGAUGUUUAGGGGAGUGACGGGGAAGGACAGUGUUGUUUUUUCCUCUCUGAACUCACGGAAUCGUUUUUCAAAUGACGCUUGCAUUGUGGUGAUUGCAGACUGCAAAUACUCUGAAUUGAUCAGCUUGUGAUCUUGUUUGAACUCCCUUAAAGAGGGGAAGUGAGACAGUGUGCCUCUCUGCAAAUCUCUGGAUAAAACUGUCAGUUUGCGCUCAAACGCCAACACCUCCUCCAGCAUGUUCAGCGCUGUGGCUCCUCUCCCCUGAAGAGUCGUGUUCAGCGUGUUCAGGUGUGCUGUCAUGUCCACCAUGAAGUGCAGCUUUUCCAGCCACUCUGGCUGUUCCAGCUCAGGGAAGGAGAGUCCUUUGCUUCUCAGGAAAGUUUUCAGCUCUUCCAGACAUGCAGCAAAGCGUUUCAGCACCUCUCCUCUGGACAGCCACCGGACUCUGUUGUGCAGCAGCAGAUCAGAGUACGUGCUCUCCACCUCAUCCAAUAAUGCACGGAAUUGGCGGUGAUUUAAACCAUUUGCCAAUAUUUUAUUGACAAUUUGAAUGACAACAUUCAUGACCUCUGUGCAUUCUGGAGGGAAUGUUUGCGCGCACAAUGCCUCUUGGUGCAGGAUGCAGUGAAAAGUCAGAAGCUUUCUAUCCAGUGAUUUCUGCAGCAGCGCCACAAAGCCCCUGUGCGCUCCAGUCAUGCUUGGUGCCCCAUCGGUAGCUACUGACACUAGGUGGGUUGUUUUUAUUUCUUUGGCUCGUAAACACUCAAAAACAGCCUCACAGACAUCCUCCCCUCGUGUCUGGCAUCUUAGUGGUAUCAGCUCAACCAUUUCUUCCUGCGGUCCAGUGGAGUUCACAUAUCGGCAGAACAGCGCUAUUUGUUCAAUAUCAUUUAUGUCUUUUGACACAUCACAGGCGAUUGAGUACGCUGCAGCUGAAUUGAUGUCUUUAAUUUGUUGUUUUGUGAUAUUUUCUGCCAUUUUUAUGGUUCUGUCUUUGACGGUCUUCGCAGAGAGAGGCAUCUCUCUGAUUUUCUGCACAAUUUCAGACUUGUUUUUAAAGUCCGCGAAUAGGUGUUCUGAAAUCUUAAGGAAUGAUUCUUUCAUAUAUUCUCCAUCUGUGAACGGUUUCCCAUGCCUGACUAUUUCCAUAGCGGCCACAAAACUUGCAUGCGUAGAUGAAUUUGAAGACUUUACCCACCUCUUGAAUUGAUUUUUCGUCAGAUCAGCCUUCCGUGCCAGUUCCUUAACAGCCUUUUUUCUCUCUUCUCCCUCGGGAUAUUUUUCAGCAAAGGCUGCGUGUGUAUUAUUGAAAUGUCUUGCGACAUUUGACCGUUUAUUGUUGGCCAGUUUUUCACCACAAAUUAGGCAUACUGGUAGGCCACUCUCGUUAGAGGUGAAAGCAAAUGAAUCUGCCCAAGCAUCAAUGAACGAUCUAUUUUCCUCUGAUAUCUUUCUUUUCUUAGAUUUCUCCAUAUCUGUCCUUGUUGGGGUUGAAAAUUGGUAUGACGUUCGGGCGGGAAUACCGGCUUUCGCGAGUCUGACGUGUUUUUUGAGCGACAAAAAACAAUUAAAUAUACUUAUUUAUUAAUAUUUCAAUAUUUAAUAUUUCAAGAUCGCAUCAAGAUCUUCCAAUUUAGAACUAAAACACUAAAAAAAUAACUAACACAAAUAAAAUACACAUAAAUACUUUUUUAAAGUAAUUUAUUUUCCCAAGCCACUCGGAGCCGCAGUUUAAGGAUGAAAGAGCCGCAUGCGGCUCCGGAGCCGCAGGUUGCCGACCCCUGCACUAGACGCUACUGUGCUUCCAAACACUGAUUUAUCAUCAGGCCACGGUAUGUCUCCUGAAUCAUCACCAUUGUGAAAAUGUUGAGCCUUUACAUUCGCAAUCUUGGUGAGUGCUUGGCAUGUGUCAUUCAUUCUCCGGAUGUCAGAUUCAGGACUUGAAAUUGAUCUCAAGGUAGGUAUUGUCAAUGUCGACUUGGAAGGUGUUGAUUUCAUUUAUGAUCUCAUCAAUCAUUGCAUCAUUGCUCUUAAUGGACUUUUUCAAUCAAUUGAUGUGAUAUAUCUUGUAUACAACUUCACAAAUUUUGUGUUCAGAUUGGUCACUUUAUCAUCUAGCAGAGAACGUCCUUUUUCAGUGAGCUUUCACGUGCGUCCAAUUUUCUUAAUUUCAGGAGGGAUUUGUGCGUCAUCCAUUCCAACCUGAGAUUGUGUGUCUUCACUGAGCUCACCCACAUCCAUGUACUGUGAUAGGGUCAUCUGGUUUGCAUCGCUUUUUUUGUCUGCAUGUGUAUCCUCUUCAUUUGGCAGAAGGGUCUUUUCUUUUUGUACGGCAUGUUAAAUGUGUCAGUGUAUGAUGUGAUCCUUUUACAGUGACAUUUACACUUCUUAAGCAGUUGUCCUACUCAUAUCUUUCUCAAAAUGCACGAGCGCCACCUAACGGCCGUAACUGUCCUUGACUUAAGGAAGUUGUAGGAGCUAUUUAUUGGUGUGUUCCUAGGUUUUUGAUAUCUGUUGAUUUAUUUUUUGUUGUUGUUGUUUUGUUUGGAUUCCUUGAUGGUAUUUUCUUGUUGGUUAUUUAUUUAUUUUGUUUGUCUAUCAUAUUUUGUUGGGGUUUAUUGGUGGUUGAUUUGUGGGUUUGUUUCAUUGGAUGGCACCCUGGGCACCGGCAAUAUAUUUGGGUAGGCGGUGCUCACAGGACCAGCAUGCACCGGGGUGGGCCUAUGGUUUUGUAUCAGAGCAAGAGAGGCAAUAGGAAAAGGCCCUUGUUCCUUUUUUAUUCGUUUUGCUUGCUUGGUAAUAAAAGGAAAGAAGAAACGGAACAGGAUUGUUUGGACUGACUCUUUUGCCUGCGUGAAACAAACCCAUGGUGCAUCAGUGGCCGUUUGAUUAUAGGUUACGUUUAUUGUUUUGGAGAAGGACAAAUAGCCACUACACAAAGUACAAAACCCGCCCUUGGAUAAAGAAAAGAACCCAUCAAUAAUGGACUCGUUGGACUCUUUUGGACCUUGGAUGAACGAAGCUCACGAAUUGUUUUAUUCAUCUCCCAUCUGAAAUCGUGUCAGCUUCAAACUACGCCUGGCCCACACCAGCGACACACUCAGCUUGGCCAUCAGAAACUGGUAUGUGUUACUGCAAAAAGCUGCAUUGGAAAACGGUGAUAACUCUGAGUUAAGUCGGCUAUUAAGCGCUACUUUACGCAGAAGUGCUGGCGUAUUUCAUUCAUUAAAUCUACAACUCCAGUGCGCAUCUAUGCUUGCAAGAGUGGCUGUGCUGCCAGUGAGGAUUAUAUUUGGCCUUUUACCCCCUCGCCUUCUGAAUUAAAUCGAAUGGUUGACGGACUAUAUGAUUAAAGAUGUCUGAUGUUAAUACAGGGUCUCAGAAGGAUGUUGAAAUACCAGCAACAAAAAGGAAUAUUAAAUGGACAUCGAAAGGAUUGAGUUUUUACAUAAAAACGUGUCAAGACAAAAGGAGUGUCAAAUGUAGACAAGCCAAAGGGUAUAUGGAAAAAAUCCGUGAUUUGAUGGAAUCAAACGAAAAGGUGAAAACAGUUAAUUCUGAACUUUGUAAGUUUAUUGGUUGUUAUCAAGACGCCCAUGACGUGCAUGAAUCGUUCAUGGAUUUACCUUUACCAGAAGAUGAAGCUGCAAAGCAAACGGGUUAUUUUCAAGCAAAAAUGACAAUGUACUGUGAUUUUACCGACAAGGUAAAGGCAUGGUUAAUUGAAGCCGGAAAUCCAUAUGUGCAGCCGAAUAAAGAAUGUCCUGAUCAGGAUCUUGCAGAUCUGGAGGAAAUAAAUCCUGAAGACAGUGCUUCUAACAUAUCACGUGCAAAAUCAAAGUCUUCCAAGCAUUCACAGGUAUCACGCAUUUCUUCUACAACAUCUGCACGCAUAAAAGCUGAAGCGGAUAAAGCGGCACUAAUGGAGCGUGUUGCCGCGCUGAAAAGGAAACAUCUAAUUGAAGCUCAGGAGGAACAGUUAAGGAAGCAAAAGGAGCAGCUGGAACUCGAAACAGAAUUGGCAGCAACAAGUGCAAAACUUCAUGUAUUGGAAAUCAACUCAUCUCAAUGUGGUUCAAAUCGAUCCGAUGGCAUGAACUCUUAUUUUGAAAGGAACUGUCAAAGCACAAGUAAACUCAACCCAGAUGCCGACACAUUCCUGCCGAAUAAAAAGGAUGCAAAGGACAACGUUUUGAUGCCUUAUUCUAUAUCUCAACCACGGGUUGUUGGUUCCAAACAAAGGUCACAUACCCAAAGGAAUGAAAUGUUAAUUAAUGCUGAGGUUCCAACUCAAGCUGCACAAAGAAGGAAUGAAACUCAAACUCAUCCAACUGACAUUACCACCAUAAUGCAAAGACAAAAUGACAUCACUUCCCUCCUGGUGCAGCAGAAUCUAUCCUCGGCCCUUCCAUCUAGAAAUAUCCCAGUGUUUGAUGGAGACCCUUUUCAAUACAGGUCUUUCAUUAGAGCCUUUGAAAAUGGAGUGGAGGAGAAGACGGCUAAUUGGAACGAUCGUUUGCACUUCCUUGAACAAUACACCAGGGGGCAGCCAAGAGACCUAGUGCAAAGUUGUCAGCACUUACCUGCGAGCAAGGAUAUUGCAGAGCCAAAAAUCUUCUCGCCGAACACUUUGGAAAUGAGCAUAGAAUUGCCACUGCUUAUAUGGAAAAAAUUCUCAACUGGACACCUGUUAAAAGUGAGGAUGUUAAAGCACUACAGUCAUUCUCCCUUUUUCUUAGAGGAUGCUCAAAUCUGACAGAACAGUUUAUGUAUAUGAAAGAGCUGGACUUACCAUCUAACAUGAGGAGCAUCAUUCUUAAACUGCCAUACAAAUUACGGGAAAAAUGGAGGAAUGUUGCUUGUGAUUUGCUGGAGCGACGUGGUCAAAGAGCGGUAUUCACUGAUCUUGUCACCUUCAUUGAAAGACAAGUCAAAAUAGCCUCGGAUCCACUUUUUGGCAACAUUCAAGACUCGCAACGUACCAACUUCAAGGCUUCCAAUAGUAAUCACACAAACCAAAGGAAAAAGCAAAGCAGUUUUGCCACUAAUGUCACUGAAGUACAAGAUGGAGGUACAUCUCAACAUACAAUAACUCAAGCCAAAGUACCUUUCGUGCAAAAUUGUCUGUUUUGCUCUCAAAGCAGUCAUUCCUUGGACAAGUGCUCACAGUUUGAAGUGAAAGUACACCGGGAUAAAAUUACCUUUCUAAAGGAAAAGGGCAUUUGUUUUGGUUGCCUGAAGCUAGGCCACACAAGCAAAGACUGUAGGAGUCGUUUGGAUUGCAAUGUGUGUCACCAAAAGCACCCGGGAGUCCUUCACAUACACCGACAGGAUACAGGCACAUCCUCACCACAAAGGCCAAGUACUGUGAACCCUUCAAGUGUUUCUGCAAAGCUGUCUCAGACCUGUGGCCAUAUUGGGGCCGGUUGUGAAGAUGACUCUGUCUUUUCUAUUGUUGCAGUCAAGGUCAAGAGUCAGAAAAAUAAUCAAACUGUGCAAACAUAUGCCUUUUUGGAUCCAGGAAGCUCAGGUACAUUCUGCACAGAUACUCUGGCAAGGAAAUUGAACUUAAGAGGUAAAAAGGCAAGUAUUCUGCUAAGAACAAUGGGCCAAAGGAAAAUAGUAAAUGCUCAGAUUUUGUCAGGACUUGAAGUGUCUGGUAUGGAUGGGAAUGACUUCAUUGAGUUACCUGAUGUUCUAACCCAAAGGACUAUGCCUGUGUCUGCAGUAAAUAUCCCACGACAGGAGGAUGUGGAUCAAUGGUCUUAUCUGAAAGGUGUUAAGCUCCAUGACAUCGAUGCCGACGUCGAAUUACUUAUCGGUACAGAUGCCCCAAAGGUAAUGGAGCCUUGGGAGCUGAUAAACAGCCAGGAUGAAGGGCCCUAUGCAGUAAGGACCAGGAUUGGUUGGGCCAUUAAUGGUCCACUGCGCGGUGGAUCUGACGGUAGGGGUAAGAGUGUCUGUCCUACUGUAACAACAAACCGAAUCUCUGUUGAUCAUCUGCAAGAAAUGCUGGUUAAGCAAUACAAUCAUGACUUUAAUGAGAAAUCAUCAGAGGAGAAGAUUGAAAUGUCCAGAGAAGACAUCAAGUUCAUGGAUCUUAUGAACAAUACCGCAAACUUAAUAGAAGACCACUAUUGCAUCGACUUACCUUUCAGACAGGAAAAUCCCAUGAUGCCAAACAAUCGCUGUGUUGCAGAACAGCGCCUCCAGAGCCUGAAAAGAAAGUUCAAUAAAAAUGGACAUUUUAAGGAGGAAUAUGUUGCAUUCCUGAAUGACAUGAUCAAUAAAGGAUAUGCAGAAAGGGUACCUGAUGACCAAAUGAGACAAAGUGAUGGAACGCUUUGGUACAUCCCCCAUCACGGUGUCCACCAUUCAAGGAAAGGUAAACUGAGAGUUGUGUUUGACUGUGGAGCUGUGUAUAAAGGAACAUCUUUGAACAGCCAGCUCUUGCAGGGUCCCGAUCUUACCAGCUCUCUCAUUGGAGUCCUCCUCCGAUUUCGGCAAGAACCUGUGGCAGUAAUGGCAGACAUCCAAGCCAUGUUUCAUCAAGUUCGUGUCUCAGUCAAGCAUGUUGACUUUCUCCGCUUCCUCUGGUGGCCUCAGGGAGAUACUGCACAGUCUCCAGUAGAACAUCGAAUGAAAGUACAUCUGUUUGGGGCUGUAUCAUCACCAAGUUGCGCAAAUUAUGCUUUGCGGAGAACAGCAGAUGAUAAUGCACAACAUUUCUCUUCUGAUGUAGUGAACACAGUCAAAUGCAACUUUUAUGUGGAUGAUUGUUUGAAAUCCAUGGCAUCGGAAGAAGAGGCAGUGCAAAUGGUAAAGGAUUUGACUGCGCUUUGUCAGAAAGGAGGAUUCAAUCUUUCCAAGUGGAUCAGCAACAGCCGCAAAGUGCUAAUGUCAAUUGCAGAGGACAGCAGAGCAAAGGAGAUCAUGGACUUGGACUUGGAUACAGACCAACUUCCAGUAGAGCGAGCACUGGGACUACAGUGGUGCAUUGAAUCUGACAAAUUCAAAUUCAGGACGUCUGCAAAAGAACAGCCACAGACCAGAAGAGGUAUUCUGUCAGUGGUCAGCUCAUUGUAUGACCCUUUGGGAUUUUUAGCUCCAUUCAUUUUACCAGCCAAGUUGCUUCUCCAGGAACUAUGUCGGAGGAACCUGGGCUGGGAUGAAGCCAUAAUGGAGUUCUCCCGUAAGAAAUGGUCCAACUGGCUUGAAGAUCUUCAAAAGGUAGCAGAGUUUGAGGUGGAUCGCUGUUUCAAGCCCAGAGAAUUUGGAGACCACGUCGUUGCACAGCUUCAUCACUUUUCCGAUGCAAGUGAGGUUGGAUAUGGAACAGCAUCCUACUUGAGACUACAAACUAAUGGUAAAGUUUAUGUUUCAUUUCUCUUGGGAAAAGGUAGAGUUGCUCCACUCAAGCAGAUGACAAUUCCUCGCUUGGAACUCGUAGCUGCAGUUCUUGCUGUUAGGGUUGCUAAGCUGCUGCAAAAGGAGUUGCAGCUUCAACUGAAGGAAUCCGUUUUUUGGACUGACAGCACGACAGUCCUUAAAUACAUACGGAAUGAAACCAGCCGAUUCCACACCUUUGUGGCAAACAGAGCAGCUUACAUCCGAGAAGCAACUGAUGUGGAUCAGUGGAGGUAUGUGAGCUCUAAAGAGAAUCCAGCAGAUGAAGCCUCUAGAGGAAUGAGAGCUGAGGAUUUCCUAAAAAACAGGAGGUGGAUAAUUGGACCAGAGUUUCUCUGGAGGCCAAAAGAGGAAUGGCCUAAAUUGGAGGUGGAUCUUGAUGGAGUUCCUGUAGAUGAUCCAGAGGUUAAAAGGAACCUGAUGGUGAAUGCUGUUAUCAAGAUCCAGGAAAAUGCCACAACCAGCUUAAUCAGUUACUUUUCCAGUUGGACGAAGCUAAAAACUGCAGUUGCUUGGUUUUUAAAGAUCAAGAUGAUUCUCAAGAUUCUGUGCAGGAAGAGGAUGGAAUUUUCUGCUGUUCCAUGUCAAAAGGUUGAAGGAAGAAUGCAGAGUUUCAAGGUCACACUCAAAGGACAGAGUUUGACGCCCGAGGAUUAUGACAAAGCAGAGAAAGCAAUUGUGCAAUAUGAACAAAGAGAGAGGUUCAAGGUUGAGGCAAUAUUAAAUAGCAGACCCAUCACAAAGGUUUCCGACGACCCGGAUGACCUUGAAGCACUCACUCCCAAUCACAUCCUGACGUUGAAAGGCAAACCUAUCAUGCCACCAGGACUAUUUGACUCAAAUGAUCUGUACCUCAGAAAAAGGUGGAAACAAGUACAGUAUAUGGCGGAACUCUUCUGGAAAAGGUGGCUUUCUGAAUACUUACCUUUGAUGCAGGAGAGACAAAAGUGGACAAGGCCAAGAAGGAGUCUCACCACCGGAGACAUCGUCCUUGUGGCAGAUGCUGCGGCUCCAAGAGGAUCAUGGAUGAUGGGGAAAGUUUUGGAUGUCAAAUCGGAUGCUAAGGGACUGGUGCGCUCUGUGCGUCUUCAAACAAAGACCAGCAUCCUGGAGAGGCCAGUGACGAAGCUCUGCCUGCUAUUGGAAGCAGCGGUUUAGCAUCAUUGACAUUGACUCACUGACUCUCUCUCUUUCUAUGGCUCUGUCUCUCUCUCUCUCUCUCUCUCUCUCUCUCUCUCUCUUGUUUUGCAGGUACUUCAAAAGGAAGAGACUGAUUUAUGGUGUAUUCCAUAAUUGUAGUUCAGCUAAAGGAAUAGCUCCUUUUUGGGACGUAAAAGUAAUUGUGGGUUCAUACACAAUUAGGGGCCGGAAUGUAGGAGCUAUUUAUUGGUGUGUUCCUAGGUUUUUGAUAUCUGUUGAUUUAUUUUUUGUUGUUGUUGUUUUGUUUGGAUUCCUUGAUGGUAUUUUCUUGUUGGUUAUUUAUUUAUUUUGUUUGUCUAUCAUAUUUUGUUGGGGUUUAUUGGUGGUUGAUUUGUGGGUUUGUUUCAUUGGAUGGCACCCUGGGCACCGGCAAUAUAUUUGGGUAGGCGGUGCUCACAGGACCAGCAUGCACCGGGGUGGGCCUAUGGUUUUGUAUCAGAGCAAGAGAGGCAAUAGGAAAAGGCCCUUGUUCCUUUUUUAUUCGUUUUGCUUGCUUGGUAAUAAAAGGAAAGAAGAAACGGAACAGGAUUGUUUGGACUGACUCUUUUGCCUGCGUGAAACAAACCCAUGGUGCAUCAGUGGCCGUUUGAUUAUAGGUUACGUUUAUUGUUUUGGAGAAGGACAAAUAGCCACUACAGAAGUGAUGAAGUUCGUUUGCUAUAAUUCAAAAUAAAGGUAUACAUUUCAAAAUAACAGCGUUACAGCUGCAGUCACAACCAUUCUAGAAAUCCCAUCAGCCUUGGAGAGCAUUAUCCUUCCUUGUAAGGUGAGGUCCCUCUGAAGCCAACAGCUGAAUAUAGAUUUAGCCCUUUACACUUUUGGAGAGAAGUUCUCAGUUAGCCGCUCACUAGUAGAUCUAUGGAUUGCAACCCCAAGAUGCCGAAGAGAGUUUUUAACAGUAAUUCCGCAGACCGAUUGCUUGUCUGUCUCAUGAAUGAACAAAAUUCCACAUUUCUUUCUAUUGAUGACUAAACCAGAAGCCUUGGAAAAAGCCUCCAAACCCUCCAAGGCUGAUGGGAUCUGCUGAUUUCUUAGAAAUAUACACGUAUCAUCUGCUAGUUGACUAAUUAAUAAUGAGUGCUCUCCAAUACUGAUCCCUUGCACAUGAAUACAGUUUACAAUGUGUAGGUUCAACAUCUCAGCUGCAAUUAAAAACAAAAAAGGAGAAAUUGGGCCACCUUGUCUUAUACCUCGAUUAAGAGGAACCUUCAGGUGAAGCAACGCUAAUAUCAAUACCUGUAUAUAUAGUCUGGACCAUUUUUUAAAGCCACCUCCAAAGCCCAGGUGGCCCAGAGCUGUAUAUAUGAACUCAUGUCCCACAGAGUCAAAUGCCUUGUAAAAAUCUAAAAACAAAUGAGUGCUCCAUCAUCAACAAGAUGUGAAUAAUCUAUCAUAUCCAGCACUAGACGGACAUUGUCAGAUAUGUGACGGCCUUUCAUGAAACUUGACUGUGUAACUGAGAUGAUCUCUUCUGAACAAGGUCGUAGUCUUUUAGCAUAUAGGGACGUCAAAAUGUUGUAUUCUGAAUUCAGCAAAGUAAUGGGUCUCCAAUUUUCAAUAUCGAGAAUAUUCUUAUUGGGUUUCGACAAAAGAGUGAUGAUGCCCUGUUUCAUUGUUUCUGGUAAUUGGCCUCUAGUUAGAGCUUCAUUGAAGACACACAAAAGCAAAUCUUUGAUCUCAUUCCAAAAUGUUUUGUAUAAUUCAAAAGGUAAACCAUCAGGGCCAGGACUUUUAUUAAGGGGUGCUUUGUUUACAAUGUUAUCCAUUUCAUUUAUGGUUAUGGGGCUGUCACAUUUGGCAGAGUUAUAAGAAGAUAUUUUUGGUAUGAAGGGAUUAAUUGUUUGAAAAAAUGAUUUACAUUCCUCACUAUCAAAAGAUGAGGAGUACAGCUUUUAAUAAAAGUUUGACACAUAUGUUUAAAUUGCUUUGUUAUCAGAAAGAACAUCAUUUAUGUAAAGUUUAUCAAUUCUUUUAGUAGACCCACGUUUUUUCUCCAAGCUAUAAAAAUAAAUAGAAUUUUUCUCUUGGUAACCCAGAUGUCUGAAUUGAAUGAUGUUUUCCCCCUGUCACUUUACAGAGUUAGAGGGAAACA